CCCGUUCCUAAUUUUUCUCUAUCCUUCUUUCCCUCCCUAAUCCCUCCCCCCCACCCCUCAUUUUAUCAGCCACCCCAAAAUCUUCUUCUUCAAGAUUUCUCUGUUCCAUCUUUGUCUCCUCAUCCUUUUAACAGCAUUUCCAAUCUAUUCUCUGAUGUCCUUAAAUUGUUUUCAUUCUUUAUUCAUCUUCACAAUUUGUCCAGCACCUCAACAUCUCUCUGCCUCUAAUCCCAACCUAUAUAGCCUCUCUUUCAUGCUCUUUAGUGUGCCCACCUACUGACUUGUGCUUUACCCUCCUGCCCCAAAUCUCUCCCACACCCCUAAAUCCCAGUUCUAUACUAUCUGGAUGCAUUUCUAUGAAUGUAGCCCUUAAGCUUUGUGUGUCGCGGGGGUAUCGCCACCCCACCUCCAAAACAACGUGGUACUGUAUGCCAGGAAAGACCUUGCAAUAUGUGGGAGAGGAAGAAGAGGAGGGAGUUGUGUACAGUUUGUACCUGCGCAGCUCAAGCACACAACAGACACCAACUAGAGUAUUAACUCUUCGGGCUGGCACUCUCCCUAAACUCGUUCUCCAUCUGUUGAAGGCUCGAGUUCUGGGGGACACAAGCUAUAUCCCAGUAUUCCUUGCAACAUAUCGCGCCUUCUCUAGUACCAGUGAAGUACUAAGUAUACUGCUAGACAGGCUACAAGAUGAAGCGGGUACACACACUUCUGAUAACCAUGAGUGGAAUGAUGACGAUAUCAGCAGUCUCUUCUGCGGUUGGAUGUCUCAGUACCCAGAAGAUUUUGUGUCUCUGGAUUCUGAGACCAGGCAACGCCUGUCUCUUCGACUUUCAAAACUGUCAAUAACCAGCUUGGGAACAAAACUUCAGGGACUGAGUGUGGCUGAGAAAAAUGGACCUGAACCAAACCCUGGUGCGGCAGAGGAGAGCGCAUUAACCGACCCGCUAGAGAUUCUAACCUACCUGGCUGCAUAUGUAGCAGAGCAACUUACCUCUAUAGAAGCAUCUCUUUUCCUGCGCGUCGUGCCUUUUGAGUGUCUGGGUUCGGUGUGGUCACGGAGAGACAGAGGCAGAGAACAUUGUCACCGGUGUCGCUCAGUUAGAGAGACUGUCCGUCACUUUAAUCAAUUGUCGGGUGCUGUGACGGACUCGUGCGUGAGAGACCCCAACCUUAAACCUCAGCAGAGAGCGCGGGUCAUUGAGAAGUGGGUGAGAGUUGCAGAGGAAUGUUGGAGUCUCAGAAAUUUCUCAUCUGUCUACGCUAUCCUCUCAGCCUUACAGAGCACCGCUGUGCAUCGACUAAAGAGAGUGUGGGCUGAGAUAUCCAGGGAAGUCUUACGGAGUUAUCAAGAAAUGAGUGACGUUUUCUCAGAGAGAGAUAACUACACUCGAAUGAGAGAGCUGCUUUUCCAGUCUCAGGACACCUCUGAUGUUACGUCCAAAAAACACCCCCCUCGCUCUAAGGACCCACGUGCUUCAGGUGUAGUACCUUAUCUCGGUGUCUUCCUCACGGAUCUUGUUAUGUUGGAUUCAGCAAUAAGAGAUCAACUGGAGAAUGGUUACUUGAAUUUCGAGAAGAGAAGAAAGGAGUUUGAGUCGCUGUCUCAGAUCCGCCUUUUGCAAUCUGUCUGUCUAGGGUAUCGUCUAACUUCUGACCCACAGUUUGUCAGCUGGUUUCAGGGGCUAAAGCCCUUGAAUGAGACAGAGUGCUACCGGCUCUCGUGUGACAUUGAGCCUACGCAGGACGUAGCAAAUGUUCCAACCCCAGCCAAACCUACAGUUAUCAUCACACACUGCACAGAACUCCUGGCUUCUAUUGCUGCACCGUUUGGGCCCGGUCUGCACCUCGUGUCCUGGGACACACCUUCUGACAGGCUGAUGCUCCCUGGCCUGACUCAGCAACAGAAAAGCCCCUCUGUUCCGACACUGGAUUUGCCAAACUCUCCCAAGGGAUUUCUCUCAUCAGGGCGCACACACAGACGUUCCGCUUCCUGUGGCAGUCCCAUAAACGCCCCUGCAGAGCUGAACUUAUCCCCCAACAGUGCUUCAGAUCCAUCAAAAUCUCACAAUCCCACCUCAGAGCAUCGCAUCAUCCGUGCACGCGUAGAACCCACAGAGAUCAACAGUGUGUACAAGAGUGUGCUGAUCAGCAGUCAGGAAAAAGCCCCGGCAAUCAUAGAUCGAAUCCUCAGGAAGCACCAUAUGAGUUAUCAAGGAUCCCAUGAACUGGUUCAGUUACUACCAGGGGGAAAAGAGCUGGUAAUACCUGGAAAGGCCAACGUCUACUACGCCAUGAGCUCAGCCAGUCUAGAUUUUGUGGUCCGUCCAAUCCAGGCUGUACCUUCUGUGCCAUCUCCAGAAUCAAGGCACCCAACUCGGGCGCAAAUAAGCGCCACCUUUCCCAAGGUUAAGGCAAAGGCAGAAGACCUUGCACGAGCUUUGUUCUAGAGGUCGCCAUAACGGCAAAAAGUGAUGUUGUGGAGGGUUCUAGGUUAGCGAUACAAGAUGAGAUCCUCAAACUCUACAGGAAGCCAUAUGGACACUGGCAGAAUCCCCAAUGUCACAUUACGCAUGCCAUAUUAAAUGACGCUCUCUACUUGAAGUGAUGUUACCAAAGCUGCCUGCUCGACAGAAAAUAAUUUUUCAAAGUGUUUGGUGCUUUUCUGUCCAUAAGAACUGAUGCAGUAACGAUGUAAAAAAAAAAAAAAGAGGACACAACCAUUUUGUCCCACGCCGGAAGUGACAAACUGCAAACAGUUAUAUACAUGCUGCUCUGUUUUCUAUACACUACUAAUAAAACACUAUAAUAUAUA